UACACACACAUAUCAUAUAAGACCUCACCCACAUAACACCUGGGAGGACUGGGAAAAAAAAAACAGAAAACAGAGAGAGCACAGGGAGGGAUCUGGGGAAACGGACGAAAAAGAACAAUUAGAGGAGCCUAGUAGCUUAGAAAAAGCAGAGCAACAACAACUAAGCUAGCGUUUGGCCCAAUAGCUGAUUUUGGAAUUUGAAAUUUGGAAUUUGGAAUUUGGCCAAAAUAUGAGCAAAAUUCAUGGCCAAACAUGAGUUUUGAAUAUAAAUCUCAAAUUUAUUUUAAAACUGCCAAACGGGGCCUAAGAAAAGGGGAGCUCCUUCUUUAUUCAAAAGAGUUCUCUUUUGUUUUCUCACUGUCAUCCUCAUAAUUAAAACACCGAUCACCAUGUAAAGCUCCAUAAAAAUUCCACCAAACAGCCAUAGCUCCCCACCCAUUCUCCUCCAUUAGAAACCCAGCAAAAUCACCCCCAAAAGCUCUCCAAACACAGUUGAAAAACGCAGCAAAAUGGACACCGAAAAUAGCACCAAACGGUCACCAAAAACCAGCUAAAAAGCAGCCACAAAUGACCCCAAAACGAGCUCUGAAAAUCAACUCCAAGAUAGCCCUGAACCAGCCCAACAAACAUGUCCAAACUAAGCCAAAAAUCUCAGCAAAACGUCACCUAAAACACCAAUUUUCAGCAGUAAAAACGCAGCAGCAAUAGCUAUUUGAGGAGCACAAAAUUAUCCUUUUUUCAAGCCUUAUUCCUCCCCCUUAAACCCACACAAACCAGCUGUAAAGUCCACCUUAAAAUAUCCCCAAAAACAGUCACUAAACCAUCGUCAAACAGCAGAAAAACGGUCGCCAAAAUCAUCCAACAUCGAUCUCAAAACGCGACCAAACCUGCUGCUUUCUCCCUCCCCCCCCCCCCCCCUAAAAAAAACUCCAAAACACUGUUGAAAUACCAGCGAAACAACCACCAAAACACAGCCCGAAAAUCACCUAAAAACACUCUCGAAACUGUCUCAAAAUCAGCCCCAAAUCACCACUAAAAAUACAAGUUCAGUCGAGGUCAUGAUUUGAAGUCCCGUCAAGAUUUCCGCCGGUUCCGGUUGCGAUUCAGUUUUGUGCAAAAGCUCAACGGAUCUCUGCUCCUUAUGUAUUGAAGAAAAUUUUUUAUCUAUUGAAAGAGGAUACAGAAGAAGCAGGAUUAAGAGCCUUCCUUAUUUUGAACACAUUCCAAGCAGUUCCUGAUGCACAGUGCCCUACUGUCGCUAAUGCAUCUUCUGUUGCUUCCCCUGCAUUCUCUCCAAACCUGUUUCUCAUUCAAAAUAAAUAAAUAAAGAAGCUGAAAUUCUUGAAAGAUAAUCCUGAAAGUGUGAAGUUCCAAAUGCCAAUUCUUGAAAGGUCAGGACUUGGUGAAGAAACUUGUUUGCCUACUGCUUGUCAUUACAUACCUCCAACACCAACAAUGGAAUCUGCUAGAGCUGAAGCUGAAGUUGUCAUAUUCUCAGCUAUUGACAACUUAAUGAAGAAAACAGGUCUAAAACCUAAAGAUAUCGAUAUUCUUAUCGUUAACUGCAGCUUGUUUUCUCCAACUCCAUCUUUAUCAGCUAUGGUUGUGAACAAAUACAAGUUUAGAAGUAACAUAAAAAGUUACAAUCUUUCUGGUAUGGGAUGUAGUGCUGGUUUAAUCUCUAUUGAUUUAGCUAGAGACCUUCUACAAGUUCUUCCAAAUUCAUCUGCUUUAGUUGUAAGUAGUGAAAUUAUUACACCUAAUUAUUACCAAGGUUCAGAAAGAGCAAUGCUUUUGCCUAAUUGUUUGUUUAGAAUGGGUGGUGCUGCUAUACUUUUGUCAAACAAAAGAAAAGACAGCAAUAGAGCUAAGUAUAGAUUAAUGCAUAUGGUUAGAACACAUAAAUGUGCUGAUGAUAAAGCUUAUAGAUGUGUUUUUGAACAAGAAGAUCCACAAGGAAAAGUUCGUAUUAAUCUUUCUAAAGAUCUUAUGGUUAUAGUAGGGGAAGCUUUGUAAUCCAAUAUUACUACAAUUGGUCCUUUGGUUCUUCUUGCCUCAGAACAGCUUCUUUACCUUUGGUCCGAGCAUAAUCCAUUUUGCAAAUCUCACUUUA